AAUAAGGUUAUUGAAUUUGUGGUGUUUUUGGUAUUUUAAAUUUUCAGUAACCCUUUAGGCAAAUUAACUUUUUACAAUGAGUGAAUUUAAACUACACAGUAUGGUAGCAGAAUUGUUAAAAAGCCUCGACGAUACAGUAAACAUUUCGCCGGAAAAGAUAGUAGAGAGUCUCCAGAAAAGUAUCACCAAUAACCCUGAAGGAAGUACAGGAACUCAUGUUACAAUACAAAGUAAUGUACAGUAUAUUGCAAGUAAAAUAGAAAACAGUCAGGGCUUUUUGGCGAAAUUUGAGGACUUACAAGAAAAAAAUGUGGACUCUUUAAAUCCAUAUGUUCAAUUACUUAAUGAAAUUUUAAAAAGUCCUAAUUUAAUACAGUUUCUUCAAAAAAAUAAAAACACAAGUCAAACAGCUGUCUCAAACACUGAAUCAUCAGUUACGAAGGCAGAUUUGCCACAGAUUAAGACUAAAUUAAAGAAGGCAAUCACAACUGAUAUGAGAAAGUCAGUGAACAAUACUGCAAACAUGAGUAUGCUAUCAUUUCCUUCAACACCCUCAAUAGUUUCUUGGUCACAAAGAAGGCCAAGUAUAUCAUGGGACUUUUCAUCAAAAGUAACAAAUACAUUAAACCCAGCAGUUCCUGAAAUAUCACAGGAAAAUUUACUAAUAGAAGUACUUCUUAAUAUUCUAAUUGGUAUUCCUGGUGGCUACAUAGAACCUGACACCCUGAAAGAUAUUAAUGGCCCUAGAUUAUUUAAGAUAGAUGAAAAUGUAGGAUUAACAUUUAAAGAUUGCUUAAUUCAGAUAUUACCACUGGCCAGUCAUGUUUCUGUAAUCCAGAGGUUUUGUGAAGAAAAAGUAAAAUUUGAAUUUGGACAAGUAAAUAAUGCUCUGGCAUCAAGUAUGUGGUCACUUAUUAAGGAUCAUUUACUAUUUACCAUACAAUUAGAAAGUGAAUUCAAGCAGGGUACUCUAUCUUUACAAAAGAUUUGGUUUUUUGUCCAAAGGAACAUGAUGAGCUUGGAAACUGUGGCACACAUAGCUUCAACAAUUAGCAAGUCUGAUGCAAAAGGAGGUAAAGUGUUAACUUUUUUACAUGAUUACAUCACUCAAUCAAUAACCUGUGAAAAUACAAAAACAUUGUGUAUACAACUUAUGGAGGCAGCUUGUGUGCCCUAUAUGUCAAUGUUGAGCAUGUGGAUAUUUAAAGGUAUCAUAUCAGAUCCAAUUAAAGAGUUCUUAGUUGAAGAUAUGGAGGUUUUACACAAGGAGGAUUUACCUGUUGAUUAUAGUGCUGACUAUUGGGAUAAAAAGUAUUCAGUGCGCAGGGAACGAAUACCGAAGUUUUUGGAACCCGUUGCUGAUAUAAUUCUUAAGUCUGGAAAAUAUCUCAAUGUAAUUCGUCAAUGCGGUAAACCAAUUAAAAACAAGUUGCUACCAAUCACUUACAAAAUGGAAGAAAAACAGUACAUACAAGUAAUUCAAAAUGCGUACACAUUUGCCAGCCAGACGCUUUUGGAUCUUGUAAUAAAGGAAAAAGAUCUGAUUGGACGUUUGCGAUCGGUAAAACACUAUUUGUUAUUGGAUCAAGGCGAUUUUAUUGUUACGUUCUUGACUAUGUGCGACAAAGAACUAACCAAAGACGUCGGCGAUAUUGUUCAGGGAAGGUUGGAGUCUUUGAUGGAUUUAGCUUUAAGAAUAUCGAGUGCGGUGAAUGAUCCUUAUAAAGAUGACCUAAGAGUGGAGCUUUUGCCUAAUGAUCUCCAGUCUCAAAUGCUUAAGAUACUUUCAAUUCAAACGAGUGAGGAACAAAAAAUUAGAUUAUCAGAUAGAAAAAAAUUGAGUGGAUUGGAAUCAUUCUCGUUUUCCUAUGAAGUACUCUGGCCACUUUCUCUGGUACUAAACAGAAAAUCUUUGACUUGUUAUCAAAUGAUUUUCCGCCACCUUUUCUAUUGCAAAUAUGUGGAAAGGCGAAUUUGUCAAAUAUGGCAUUCAAAUAAAGUAGCAAAGAAAUUUCACUAUGAACACGCUCAACAAUAUAGAGCUGCAUUUGCUUUGAGACAGAGAAUGUUGCACUGUGUCCAAAAUUUGGAGUAUCAUAUGAUGGUAGAAGUGAUAGAACCCCACUGGAAAACAUUUUUACAUAAAGUAUCUAAGGUGAAUAAUGUGGAUGAACUUUUAACAUGCCAUUGCGAUUUCUUGGACAGUUGUUUGAGGGACUGCAUGCUGACGAUUCAAGACAUUCUGCAGACCAUCACCAAUAUUCUUUCAAUAGCCAUGGAUUUCUGUGGAUUUAUGCAGCGGACGCAGCGCUAUUUUGUGGAGGCUGAAUUGGGGUCUUUACCAAAUUCGUUAUAUGAAUCUUUUAAUCAGCAAGAGUUCAAUAUUCAUGGAGAUCUAAAAGCCGAGGAAGCGGUAAGCUUCAAAGACAAAAUAAACCAAUAUGAUGAGCAGUUCACGGACACCGUUCUGUGCCUGUUGAAUCAAAUCAACAAUCUCAACAGAGAUGCUUGUGACCACGAACGUCUCUUCAACUUGCUGUACCGCUUGGAUAACAAUUCAUAUUACACUAACAAACGGAGGACUUUUACAAGCCAUGCGUCGGGAUAAGUCUGCUGAUUUAAAUCGUUAUGAUAACGUUAAUAUAGUCUAAUUGUUGUAUUUAUCGUUAUACUAACUUAUUAUUUAAAUUAUAUCAUUUAAUAAAUUUAGUUAAGUGUUUUUGUA